GAGAACAGAAUAUUUUUCAUUUGAGGAGUUUGGCUGAGCCAGAGAACACAACAAACAAUCACUUGCGAUCCUUCGAAAAGCUUACAGGUAUUGUUAUCAGUGACUUCCGGAAUGCUGUUGUCAGGAAACGGUAAACUACAAUAUAGCUGAGAGGUCGGUCUAAGAUAUUCCAGGCGUGAUUUUCCAUAACAGAGAAAGUUAUCAAUAUGGCCAAAGAGCAGAUGCAUCCAGAGCAGUUUGGUGCUCUUCUUCACAGAAUAAUGAUGGAGACCGGUUCAUCACAGAAGAAGCUAGAAAUCUUGUUUUCUGCCAAAGGUUAUUAUAAUGCCAAUCAGGUUUCUUCUAUGCUCAAUGCAUUUGCAAUUCCAUCAGACAAAGUCAGAGCUAUGCAGAUCAUGGAACCUAGAUUGUGUCGUAUGACGUGUGACCAAGCAAGGGAAAUAAUUGCUUCUGCCAGUGUACACAAUGACAAACUCAUUCUAUUAGACUGUAUAAAAAGGGCAUUAGUGGACUGCCAAAGCAGAGUAGGCGUAGAAUAUAUCCUAAGUGCUUUUACUUAUGAAGGAGAUAAAAUGAGAGCAAUGUCAAUUUUAAACACAGUGAGGUCGGAUGUGGCAGAUGCUGUCCCGGCAGGAGGACACCAGGGGUAUGCAGCCCUGGGGGGACUGUAUACACAAGCCAGACCCCUGGUACCCCAGCUGUAUGGAAGCAUAGCACAACAGGUUCUAACUAUACCGGGCCAAGGAAAAAUAGAAAUCCCCCCUCAGGCAGAACCUGGUGUUGUGCCCUCGUUUUACACGGGUCACCCGUCCUACGCCUACCCUCCAGAUAAAUCAUACCAGGAGGUGAGAGGGUACCCAGGAACACAGGGGGUGGAACCCUUCACAUUUCAGACUGGCUACCCUGCAGGAGGACCACCUCUGGGUUACCAUGGGGGUGCACCCGCACCCACUGGGUUUCCGGGGUUGUCACCAACUGGAUAUUAGUGGGAAAUAAGAUUUGUGACUAAUGAAUUGAUGCGGGGCUGUUCAGGUUGUGUUCUACCACAAAAUUCCAGGGGCAGAUUGAGGCCAUCUUCUGGGUCUUCUGGAUUUUCAGCUUUACAUUGACGGAUAUACAUUUUUUCUGUUGGAAGAUGGUCAAAAAAGGAAGAUGGAUCAACAAAGAUAAUUUGGAAGACUGUCAGAAAAUAUCUCUGGAUCCGCCCCUGAAUUUCUGUUUUGCAAAUCUCAGUCUGGCUCUUGUAACCAAAAUUAUGAUGAUAAAGAUGAUGAAGAUGGCGAUGAUGCUCAGAGUUCUGCUGUAGAUGCAGAAUCAAGCACCUUACAGCAGUGUCUGCUCUUUCUUCAGUUUAAUCCCUUGACAGAACAUUGAUUAUCCCUGACUAACAUCCUUAUCAAAAUGAAUAUUUGGAAAAAUAAUUUUGCUGCAAAUGACAUAUUUUCUCGGCAGGCCACUUUAGGACAAUAUUCCAAACAUAGAAUAUUCAAACUCAGGUUUGGCUGCAUUGCACAUCUCUGGCUACUGGUGACUGGUACAUGUUACAUGGGAGUAUUAAAAUAAUUUUCAUGUAUCUCAAACCUGCAUGGUGCAUUGAUGGAUAGAUAAAUUAUUAUUUAUACAGAAAAAAUAUAUGUAUAUAAAGCAAAAUCAAGAGAUAUAUUUGAAAUUCAUGCAAGACAUUCUAGUUAAUUUUAAAUAAAAUCUGUAUUUUUGGUACAUUUUUAUUUUGAAUGUAAUACACAAAGGGCUGGAUAAUUUGCAAUUAUGCAGCCCUUAUUAAAAUUUUAAAGCUCUCUAUCAUCCAACUACAGAGUAGUUUUUUUUUUUUGUUUGUUUGUUAGCCCAGUAAUUUGACGUGUAUGUUAACGUGGGUAAGAAUGUUAAAAAAAUUGUUUAAAAAAAAUCAUGGAUAAAUUAAAGAUUUGUUGUCACCUUGUGUUACAAAGUACUGGAAACCCACCUCAAUCUAUUUUUAGCAUAAAACAGAGAGGAUGCUGGGUGGAGGCAAGUUACCUUUUCCGUUCUGAUACUUGGGGUACAAUUUUCAUACAUUUCAAUAAAAAAAUUGAUGAAAAUCGUGAGUUAGUGAUCCAUUCAUGUUCAGUGUAGAGGGAGCUGCAUAUAUAGUUAAGGGCCAUGCUGGGUACAAUUUUAUUUUAUUAAGAGAUUGAAUAAGAUGAAAGUUGUAGAAAGCACCAGUCCUUCAGAUUGAUAAAUGUAGCAUGGACACAAGUAAACUUUGUAUUCUCAAAGGUUUACAACUUACAUUUUCUUGUUAGAGUAAUUUUUCAUGUGAGAACAAUUUUUCUAUCAAUUGGUACAGCGAUUACAAAAUUUAAUUGAUAAAGUGACCAAAGGGAUAUUAUCAUGCAAACAACUGCUUUAAUUAGAACUUGUUGUAAAAGCUCGUGUGUUGUUUUUUAUGUACCGAGUUGUGUAAAUAAGCUUUUAUGUGAAUGAUCUAAC